CAAUCGGGUUUGAAUCUGAUUUUUUAUCCGCCCCCUCCUCUCCCCACAGCGCUUGUGUGCGAUCAGAUCGAUCUAAGAUGGCGACUGUGGAACCGGAAACCACUCCCAAUCCUCAGACUUCAGAAGAAGAGAAAACUGAAACAGCACCAACUCAGGAGGUUGCCAGCCCUGAACAGUACAUUAAGCAUCCACUACAAAACAGGUGGGCACUCUGGUUCUUCAAAAAUGACAAAAGCAAAACCUGGCAAGCAAACCUUCGUCUGAUCUCAAAGUUUGAUACUGUUGAAGAUUUUUGGGCUUUAUACAACCAUAUCCAACUCUCUAGUAAUUUAAUGCCUGGCUGUGACUACUCACUUUUUAAGGAUGGAAUUGAACCUAUGUGGGAAGAUGAGAAAAAUAAGCGAGGAGGACGAUGGCUAAUUACACUAACUAAACAGCAGAGAAGAAAUGAUCUUGAUCGCUUCUGGCUAGAGACACUGCUGUGCCUUAUCGGAGAGUCCUUUGAUGACUACAGCGAUGAUGUAUGUGGAGCUGUUGUUAAUGUUAGAGCUAAGGGCGAUAAAAUAGCAAUAUGGACAACUGAAUGUGAAAACAGGGAUGCUGUUACGCAUAUAGGGAGAGUAUACAAGGAAAGAUUAGGACUUCCUCCAAAGAUAGUGCUUGGCUAUCAGUCCCAUGCAGACACAGCUACUAAGAGCGGCUCCACCACUAAAAAUAGGUUUGUUGUUUAAGAAGACACCUUCUGCGUAUUCUUUCAUAGGAGACUGCGUCAAGCAAUCGAGAUUUGGGAGCUGAACCAAAGCCUCUGCAAAAGCAGAGUGGACUGCGUUUAAAUUUGAUUUCCAUCUAAAUGUUGCUAAGAUUUGUGAGAAGUCUCAUUCGCCUUUGUCUUGUACUUCUGUGUUCAAUUUUUUUUUUCUAUUUUGGCUGAAGUAACCAUUAUUCAAUCAAAGGAUUUCAGUACACAUUACCCCCAGAAUCGAUAAAGGUUUUCCUGGCCCACUCUAAUAGCUUAGUAGGACAUUACUAUUACAAAAACAUUUGUUUAUCCACAAUAUUCAGAAAAGAAAAUGCAUCUCUAUACCUUACAGAAAAAUUUACUUCUGUUUUAUAUUUGCAUUGUAUGCAGUGACAUAUUUUGCUGGUUUGGAAAAAAAAAGUGUGGUGCAUAGAAUUUUCUAGCAAUUUUCUUAAUACAGCAUUGUCUUUGCUGUAACCUAUGCUGAUGGCUGCUAGACUUAAUUUAUUUGUUUCCCUAAUUGAUAACAUUAGUGAUACUCUGAUUUCAGUUGUUCUUGCUCAUGUAACAUUGGUGAAGGAUCUGGGAAUAUGACAAAGGUGGAAUAAACAUUAAUUUUGUGCAUUCUUUGGUAACUUUUUGUUUUUUGUAACAUCAAAGCUUUGCUACGGACUUAUGCAUUUCAGUCAAAUCAGUGAUCUAUGUUUGUGUGAUUUCCUAAACAUAAUUGUGGAUUUUUUAAAAUGUAACACCAUAAAUUUACAUUCCUUACUAGAAAUAGUAUGUCUGUUUUUGUAUCUUAUGCUGUAUUUUAACACUUUGUAUUACUUAGGUUAUAUUCUUUGGUUAAAAAUGGCUCAAGUAGACAAGCAGUCCCAUUCAUAUUAAGACAGUGUACAAAACUGUAAAUAAAAUGUGUACAGUGAAUUGUCUUUUAGACAACUAGAUUUGUCCUUUUAUUUCCUCCAUCUUUACAGCAAAUAUUUGUACUUGUGACAAGGCAGUCUCUACUGUGGCUUCAAUUGUAGUGUGUCUUCCAAGAGAGAGUAAUAUGGAACUAUAGUUUAUUACUAUGGUUAUUACAAAAUUUGAAUAAAUCUAAUAGCUAGCACCAUAUUCCAAAGUGGAAUUACA